AUGUUGCCGACAACAAAUCAGCAAGCUGCCAACAUGGCCAGCAUGGCCCCGGACGUGUUCAAGACGGCAGACAUGUGGUACAGGUCGUUUCGAAAUUCGACGAUCUAUGGGCAACUUCGAAUCAUUGCAGCCGUCUGCUUCGGCUUCAUCGUUCUCUUCUUUCUGCUUGGAGGUGGAGGAAGUCCGUCGCCAGCAGGCCACAUCACACACCGGGUGGAGGACCGCGCAUCGGAAGGACUGAUGGAGGCCACGGAAAUCCUGCAGUCGCGCAACCCUCCCACGGUCACCGCUCCGUUACCUUCAAUGCUGUACGUGGUGGCUUUGGUUGCAGCAGGCGGCUUGGCCUUUGCCUCCUGGCUGGCAGCCUGGGUCCUGGGCAAGGACGAGGGUGACGAGAAGAUGAGGCAAGUCUCUGAUGCCAUCCGGGAAGGAGCUGCCGGGUUUCUCUCCACACAAUAUGCGAGCAUCUUCAAGCUGGCAGUUGUGGUGCUGGUGGGCAUCUUCCUGAUGUAUCUCGUCAGGGAGCCUCCCAAGAACUUACCACAGGUGGCUUCUUGGAGAUUGGCUUUCUGUGUCGCCGUGUCCUUUGCGACGGGCUGCAUUCUCUCAGGCGUCGCCGGCUACGUUGGGAUGUGGGUGGCCGUGCGUUCCAACGUCCGCGUGGCCUCGGCGGCUUGCCGCUCCUUCCAGGAGGCGAUCGCUGUGGGACUUCGCGCUGGCGCGUUUAGUGGAGUUCUAGUGGUUUCGAUGGUGCUGUUGGGCAUCAUCGCUCUCUUGUUCGGAGUGCGGCUGGUGGUGCCUGCAGCUUUGCACCAGUUGCCGUUCCUUUUAGUGGGCUAUGGCUUUGGAGCCUCCUUCGUUGCUCUUUUUGCCCAGCUUGGCGGUGGCAUCUACACGAAGGCCGCAGAUGUGGGCGCCGACAUGGUGGGCAAAGUGGAGGCGGACAUCCCUGAGGACGAUCCACGAAAUCCCGCCGUCAUUGCUGAUUUGGUCGGAGACAAUGUGGGUGACUGUGCCGGGCGCGGCGCAGAUCUGUUUGAGUCGAUUGCCGGUGAGAUUCUUGCCGCAAUGAUUUUAGGCGGCACUCUUUCGCAGCAGCUGCCAGCUGAUGCGAGAAGUGGCUACGUCUUGUUUCCUCUUGCAAUCCAUGCGAUGGAUUUGAUCGUGAGCGGCAUCGGUAUUAUGAUGACCGAGGCACCAAAGAGCAGCAAAGGCAUAGAUCCGAUGGAAGUCUUAAAGAGUGGCUACAAGGUUUCAGUUGGCCUCGCCGCCGUAGGUAUCGUCGUGCUCUGCAGGCUUCUUCUGUACACGGAGGAGCACCCCAAAGCUUGGAUGCAUUUCUCCGUCUGUGGUCUCGUCGGCCUUGGCACUGCCUUUCUGUUCAUCCUGGUCACUCAGUACUACACGGAUUUCAAUUUCCCGCCGGUGCGGCAAAUAGCGCAGGCAAGUUUGACUGGGCAUGGCACGAAUGUGAUCGCUGGCAUGUCCGUGGGAAUGCGAGCCACAGCUGCGCCAGCGGGCAUCAUCUGCGUGGCACUGCUGUGCUCCUACAAGACCGGCAUGGCCGCUCUCGAUGGAUCUCCCAGUGCCGGACUUUUUGGUACUGCCGUGGCCACGAUGGGAAUGCUGUCCACAGUGGUUUUCGUCUUGGCCAUGGAUGUCUUCGGUCCGAUCACCGACAAUGCGGGUGGCAUCGUGGAGAUGAGCGAACAGCCAGAGACCGUGCGGAACAUCACAGACAGCCUCGAUGCGGUGGGAAACACGACCAAAGCCAUCACUAAGGGCUUCUCCGUGGGCUCGGCAAGCUUGGCGUGCUUCCUCCUGUUCUCAGCCUUUUUGGACGAGGUCUCUGAACUGGCCGGCGAAAAAGUGGGUGCCGUGGACAUUUCAGUUCCCGAGGUCUUUCUUGGGGGCAUCGCGGGUGCGACGCUGGUCUUCUACUUCAGUGGGCAAUGCAUGACGGCGGUCGGUUCUGCAGCGCAGGAGGUGGUGAACAACGUGCGAACUCAAUUCAGGGAGAGGCCGGGGAUCAUGGAUGGCUCCCAAAAGCCGGACUACGCCUCGUGUGUUUCCAUCGUCACGAGAGCCGCGCUUCGGGAGAUGGUGGCUCCAGGCAUUGUGGCAACCACAGUUCCUCUUUGUGUAGGCUUCUUCUUCAGGGUGGCUUCCAGCGGAAACGACCGGCUGAUUGGUGCGAAAGCUAUUGCCAGCUUCCUGAUGUUUGCGACGUCCUCCGGUGUCCUGUUCGCCAUCUUCCUCAACACGGCAGGUGGUGCCUGGGACAAUGCGAAGAAGUACAUCGAGCAGGGAGUUCACGGCGGGAAGGGCAGCGCGGCUCACAAAGCAGCCGUCACGGGCGACACCGUGGGCGAUCCAAGCAAGGACACCGCGGGGCCUUCGCUGCACGUGCUCAUCAAGUCAAGUAAAGCCGAGAGCAGUGAUUCUGUCUUCGCAGACUUCGCAGAUUGUGCUCAUGCUAUGAAGCCACGGCACGGCAGCACGAUUGGCUUUGGCCAUCAGGCCUGCAGCACGUGCGCUUGUGCCCAAAGUGCUCCGGACACCGUUCGAUUCUUCGAGCACAGAGGGGAGGAAGAUCUCGUGAAAUUUUCGGCUCAGAGGGUCAUGGGAAGGCGCUGCCGCGCCCCGGCGGAGCGCCCGCAGGGCCUAGAGGCCCAGCUUUGGUCGCAGGCGAUGGGCAACGGCAAGGCGGCUGCAGUUGUACCGCCUCCACCAUGGGCUUCGGGCGGCAAGGGCUGGAGCAAAGGAGGUGCAGCCCCUGACCCGGGGGUCGGAGGAUGCGGCGGCUGCCCAGGAAAGAGCGCCUCGGUGACGCCCCCUUGGGCCACUGGCUCGAAGGGCUGGAGCAAAGGCGACAUGAUUCCGAGCCCGGACGUUGCACCCGCGCUUCCUCUAAAUCCUGUCGUUCCCGGAGGAUAUGGUCCUGCCAAAGCUGCGCAGCCUCAAAUACCUCAGCCCUCUGUGUUUGCCGCCCCAUACGGCAAGGGAGUUGCCAAAACGAGGCCGAUCGUGGGCAAGGCCUUUGUGCCGGUUCCGGUCUCCAGGCAACAGGCUACGCCCAACACCGUGAUGUUGUUAGGAGCAGGAAGUCUUCCUGCAGGCAUUGAAAAAGAUAUCGAGGCUCGACAACUCUGCAUCCAGCAUUCUUUCAGCACGCCAGAAGAGGCCUUGAGCUCAGAUCUUGAGGCAUGGGCAUCGCCGGACUUGGAGGCUUGCCCGGGUCUCAGCUAUCCGGCAUGGGAGUCCGUUAUACUUCCGCCAGUUGAAAUUGCGAGCAAAUGGGCGCGCGUUGCAGUUGUGACAUUGCGAUUUCUGACAGUCAAUGCGCCGCAGCGGCGAGACAUCAUCAAGGAAGGCGGCUUCGGAGUCUACAACUUUCAGAAGGUGAUUCACACGUUUGGGGGGAAGUGUUGGCAACUACGCACCUUGCAAAGCAGCAGCGGAGCGCACCACAUUGUUCCCAUCAUCAUCAACACGGGCGGCAUCGCCUACAACAGGACAACGGAUGCUGUCCAGUUCCCGACACCUCUGGGCGAUGGCUUCUCCAUCGCAUCUGCAGAGUGGGACUCUGCGCGUGAGAAGGAGGGCGUCAUCUACAACCUGGUCGGGCACGAGCUGGCGAAGGUCAUCGUCGGAUGCGACGAGUUGGCUGGAAACCUCAAAGUUCUGGCAGACAAGGGGAAGUCUGAGGCGUUCAUCCAAGAAGUCCGAACGGACAUGAUCGAGGCAACGGCAAAGCGCUUCGAAGCACAGGGCGCGACAGUGAGCGCCAUUGAGCGCGAGGUGAGCUCCAUGCUGAUGGACGACAUGAUGCCGUGGGAUGGAAGCGCCCUCCCAGUCCCAGACCAUUUUUGGGUGAAGCUUUCCAUUCCAGUUCUGUGA